UGUGCCGAGUCCCCUUUGAUCUUCACCAGGUCACUGCCCCUUCCACUUCCUGUCUUCACCCUGCAGGCUCGGGUCGUGUGACCUUAGCCCCAUAUAGACGAGGGGACCGAGGCGCCACGUGGGUGUCUGAAUAGUAAACAGGGACCCCCGACCCCAGCUUUUGCCCUGGCGAUCCCACCCGGGGCCGGGGAAGGGGGCAGAGCGGGGGCUGGCGCGGCUGCCGGAAGCUCAGAAGUCCUCCUCAGACAGGUGGCAGCAACUUCAGAAUGUGGCGGCUUACAGGCCUCUUACUGUUCGUGACCAUCUGGGGAGUUUCCAGCGCACCAGCUCCUCCCGACUCAGUGUUCUCCAGCCACCAGCGUGCCCACCAGGUGCUGCGGAUCCGCAAACGCGCCAACACCUUCCUGGAGGAGCUGCGGCCCGGCAGCCUGAAGCGCGAGUGCAUAGAGGAGACCUGUGAAUUUGAGGAAGCUCGGGAGAUUUUCCAAAACAUGGAAGACACAAUGGCCUUCUGGUCCAAGUACCACGACGGGGACCAAUGCGCGGCCCCGCCGCCGACGCACCCGUGCGACAGCCCGUGCUGCGGGCGCGGCACGUGCAUCGACGGCCUGGGCGGCUUCCGCUGCGACUGCGCGCAGGGCUGGGAGGGCCGCUUCUGCCUUCAAGAGGCUCGCUUCUCCAACUGCUCGGCGGAGAACGGCGGCUGCGCGCACUAUUGCUUGGAGGAGGAGGGCGGGCGCCACUGCCGCUGCGCGCCCGGCUACCGCCUGGGGGACGACCACCUGCUCUGCGAGCCCAAAGUGACGUUCCCUUGUGGGAGGCCAGGGAAGCGAAUGGAGAAGAAACGCAAGAACUUGAAACGUGACACAGACCAAGUAGACCAAGAAGGCCAAUUAGAUCCACGGCUCAUCAGUGGGCAGGAGGCCGGAUGGGGAGAGAGCCCCUGGCAGGUGAUCCUGCUGGACUCGAAGAAGAAGCUGGCCUGCGGGGCGGUGCUUGUCCACGUCUCCUGGGUGCUGACAGCGGCCCACUGCUUGGACGACCGCAAGAAGCUCAUCGUCAGGCUAGGGGAGUAUGACCUGCGGCGCCGGGAGAAGUGGGAAGUGGACCUGGACAUCAAGGAGGUGUUCGUCCACCCCAACUACACCAAGAGCACCAGUGACAAUGACAUCGCGCUGCUCCACCUGGCCCGGCCCGCCACUCUCUCGCAGACCAUUGUGCCCAUCUGCCUCCCAGACAGUGGCCUGUCGGAGCGCGAGCUCACCCAGGUCGGCCAGGAGACGGUGGUGACAGGCUGGGGCUACCGCAGCGAGGCCAAGAGAAACCGCACCUUCGUCCUCAACUUCGUCAGGGUCCCCCUGGUCCCGCACAAUAUGUGCGUUCUGGCCAUGCAAAACAAGAUCUCCGAGAACAUGCUGUGCGCCGGCAUCCUGGGGGACCCGCGGGAUGCCUGUGAGGGCGACAGCGGGGGGCCUAUGGUCGUCUCCUUCCGCGGCACCUGGUUUCUGGUGGGCCUGGUGAGCUGGGGCGAGGGCUGCGGGCGCCUCAACAACUACGGUGUUUACACCAAAGUCAGCCGUUACCUCGACUGGAUCCACGGCUACAUCAACGCUAAGGAGGCCCCCCUCCAGAGCCAGGUGCCUUAGCGUCUUCCCCACUUGUGUCUGGACCCCAGAGGACACCCUUGGACGGGGGCUGGGUUGUUGAAUGGCCAAGAUGUUGGACAUUAAAAAGGGCAUGGAGCAAGCA